GCUCUAGAGGUUUGUCUCUCCGCCCCUUUCUUUGUGAUAGACAUUAUAUUUGACAAAUAGCAAUGGAUAAAUCGAACGGAGAGUAACUCCUUCAUUUGACAGACACAGCCGUGGACCAAUCAGUGAUCUACUGGUGCUGCCCUCUAACAGACCGAAAUCUACCUGAGCAAGUCCUACUUUGUUUUUGUCACAUAGCUAGCUAGCUACAUAGCUUGCUAACUGACAGCUUCAAGAGUGCUGUUUUCUUACGAACAUUAGCUACACCGAUGCAUACAUUUCUGCCGUAGAAGGUAAAUCUAGAUGCACAGGAUCUGGGGUUGAUCGGUGGCAGGGAUGAGAUGUUUUGUUGAAUGAAGGAGCGAACGCCCUGGUGCAGAUAGGAGAAUGAACUCCAUCACCGGUCGGGAUCACCCUGUCAACUCUGGAGCCUCAUCUUCUCGAGCCUUGCACGUUGAGCUCACAUCUCAGCAGAGGCGGUUACGUCAUCUCAGAAGCAUUGCAGCCCGCAACAUCGUCAACAAGAAUGGCUCUCCACUACUGGACACAUAUUUUACCCUUCAUCUCUGCUUAGAGGACCGGAUAUCCAGAGACUUUUACAAGAGUGAGGUCAUCCGAGAUUCAUUGAAUCCAACAUGGCGGAGCUUGGAUUUUGGCAUGCUGCCGGACCUCCUGGACACAUCUGUGUCCUGCUUCGUGGUGAAGAUCUGGGGCGGCCGAGAGGAACAGUUCACACUCCUCAUAGAGUGGAAGGUCAACCUGGACGGGCUUAGAUACACAGGGCAACAGAUCCGCUCCAGGAAUCCAAAUGAGAUCAUAUUUGGAUUGAAUGAUGGCUACUAUGCAGCUGACUUUGAUCAUAAGGACCACUCUGAGAGGAAGAAGAACAGUCUACUCCAGGUGGACCAGAGUUCAGUGAGGAACUCCUACAGUGUCUUCUCUCUGCUGAGGCUCCACACGGCCCAGAGAGCCAUCAAGCAGACCCAGGUGACCGUGCAGAAGAUCGGCAAGGAGAUUGAGGAGAAACUGAGGACGACAACGGCCUGCACCAAGCGUAAGAAGGAGCGGGAGUGUAUGCAGCUGCGUCUGGGGACACUACGCAGUGAGCUGGAGAGACAGAGGAAAGCGCUGGGCCGGGAGACAGACCUGCGGCAGAAGGAGAGAGCACUGCUUCAGAAGAAGGAGGAAGCAUUCUCCACCAAACACCGGAGUCUGGAGAUGGAGAGGGAGUCGUUAACAGAGCAGCAGAAAGAAUGCACUGCCAAAAGGGAGCUGUUCCUCAAGUCCAAUGCUCAGCUCACCUUCCGCUGCCGUCAGCUCCUUUCUGAGCUGUCCUACAUCUACCCCAUCGACGUGGUCACCACGGCCGCUAAUCAGUCCGAUUAUGUCAUCUGUGGAGUGAAGCUGCCCAACUCAGAGGAUUUCCAAGUGAAGGAUGAUGGGAGCGUGGCGGUUGCCCUGGGUUUCACGGCCCACCUGGUGCUGAUGAUCAGCUGCUUCUUGCAGAUCCCUCUUAGGUAUCCUGUCAUCCACAAGGGUUCCCGCUCCUCCAUCAAGGACACCAUCACAGACAAGCUCAGCGAGAAGGAGAGAGAAUUCCCCCUGUACCCUCGAGGAGAACGCUUUCAGUUUGAAUAUGGAGUCUACCUGAUCAACAAGAACAUCGCCCAACUGAGAUACCAGCAUGGCCUGUCCACUCCAGACCUCCGUCAGACCCUGCCCAACCUCAAGAACUUCCUGGAGCACGGCCUUCUAGUCCGAUGUGACCGGCACCAUGUCUCCAGCUCCAUCCCGGUCCCGACAGGAGCCAAGUCUCAGCUCAGUGUCUCGGCUGUGUCCGAAGUGGGCUUCCCCACCCACACCAGCUCUCCAGAUCCGGGCUCACUGAGGAAAAGGGCCAGUUCCGAGACAGACAAGCAGAAGUACAAGGCAUCCCCUCCUCCCAGCUACAACACGACCAUGGCCAUGGACCAGCCCCAGAGUGCAUCGCCUGACCCCAACCCCUCCCCCAAGCACUUGUCAUCCUCCCUGGACUCUAGCAUUGACCUGGCCAAGACUCUGGAGGUUCAGGGACCAGCCCUGGGGGAGGGAGAAGGAGAUGUAGAAAGAGAGGUAAAGGAGGUUGUGGAGGAGCAAGAGCAACAGUCCUCCAGUACUACUACAGGAGGCUCAGAUUCCCCCACUCUGGCUGGAAGCACCACCAGUGAGCAAGUGGAGGAGGUGGCACCCACCAGCGAGCAGCAUGCAGACCAUACCAUGAACGGCUCUGUAGUGCCAGGCGAGGGGCUUGGGGGGCCCGCAACAGGGCUAAUGUUGACCAUGGCAUUAAACCCAGAGAUGUGCUGCUCAGUGGAGCAGGCAGAGGAGAUUAUGGGGACAGAGGCCACAGGCCUGGGUUUAGGGAUGGGCCUUGUGGAUGGGGCCAGGCUGGAGGACUACCCCUGUAUCCCCGUGGAGCACGCCGUGGCCGUGGAGUGUGACGAGCAGGUUCUGGGCGAGCUGGAUGCCGCCGGCUUCGAGGAGUUCUCCCGCCGCAUCUAUGCACUAAACGAGAACAUGUCCAGCUUCCGCAGGCCACGCAAGAACUCUGAGAAGUGAGGACAGGUAGGACCUUAGGGGUGAGGACAGGAGUCACAUGGCACAUGAGUCAGGGACAUGAACAUAGUGCAGGGGGGGGGGGGUCCUGUUGGUGUGUUUGUCCCUCUCCCCAAGCAGCAAUAGAAAAACAAACAUAGGCGCUACAUUAUCUGGAAUGAUGACCAAUUUGCACUUCUUCUCAAAAAAUAUUUCUAUAAUCCUUUAAAUGAAAUAAAGCGAAUGUUUGUGGUUGAAACGCUUCCCGGGGCUUCUUCUUUCAGGGUGCAUGGCAGUGUUGUGAGAUGGAGAAUGUGUGUGUGUGUGGUAACUACACACAUAAAAUGCAUCCUUCCUUGAAGUAAGCAGUGAUCUAACAUGAGUGGGUUCAUGAAAGCUAUAGUGGAGUCCCUACUUGUACCUGUCCAGUCCUGCCAAAUCAGUAAUGACUUAAAGGGAAUGAGGAAGGAAAGGUUAAUUAGAACAGAGCCAAUGCCUUCAGCAUGGCUGACAGAGGAAAUGAGUUACAGAAAAGACCUAUCCCACCUCUGACCUCACCUAUUAGGAAACCGACCAGUCACUAGGCCAGGGCAGCUUAGACCGGUGGCCCAAUCAGAUACUCUAUAACUGUUACACCCUGCACCUCCAGGUCCAACAACCCCACCAGCCAUUGGACAGGGCUUCCCUGGCUCUAUCUCCAGGGGCCAUCACUGUUCUGUUCUGGUUGAGUACGAGAAAAGAAAAGAGAGGAGCGAAGCGAAGCAGGCUUGAGCUUGGCGCAUGGCAGGGAUACAGUGCAAUGUUUCUGUCUUUCUCCUCCAUACCUGCUUUCUCCUUAUUUUACUAUUUUAAUAAGCGCCAUUAAUAUAAGUAUUCAUAUGAAGUCCAAUAAUCCAGAUAUUAUUCAAUAGACCAAAACAUGAAUGAUGUAUGCUGUUGAAAUGGUGCACUCAGGCCCUACAUAUUAAUGACACAUAAUGACCUUUUUACAUUUUAGUCCGCUCAUCUAUUUUGUCCGCUUUCUUUUUCUUUUCCCUGUUGAACUACUUUUUGUUUUCUUGCAUUGGUGUCCAUUGGCAACUAUGUGUGUUAUUUAUGUCUCUCACUGCGUUUGUUUGUUUGUUUGUUUGUUUGUUUGUUUUAAAGGAAAUCAUGGUUUCUUUUUUCCUCUCAUGGGCAGUCAGUCAUUCAUUGAUAUUGUCAAGUGUUAAUGGUCAUCAGCCCUGGGUUCAAAUCUUUCAAAUACGUACAUAUAAUCUGGAUCUAACUGUGUCCCCUGUGUAUUGCUCUGGAAAGGACCACAGAGUUCCCUGUAGACAGAAGCUGACAUGGACAACUGAUUUGCAUACUGCCCACCGUAUACGACAUAGAUGGACUCGCAACAAGCCCCCUAAAAACAUCCCCGGGGGGGGGAGUAUUAUCAUCAAGUACUGUGGUGGAUGACUGUUGAAAUGUAUUGUAUUUAAGAUGAGAGAUUAAACCAUUGUAGGUCAUUUCCAUUAAAUGCUAUACAGCAUGUGACCUUGUACAUAUACUUUUGUAUGGAGAGUUUUUUUGUUAUUAAAGACUUACAGUCCAAUAGCAUGGAUGUAUGUAGCCCCCUUUA